AUGGCCAAGCGUACAAAAAAGGUCGGCAUCACCGGCAAAUAUGGAACCCGUUACGGAGCUUCGCUUCGUAAAAUGGUGAAAAAAAUGGAAGUUACACAGCACGCAAAAUAUACGUGCUCAUUCUGUGGCAAGGAUGCAAUGAAGAGGUCCUGUGUGGGCAUCUGGUCAUGCAAACGCUGUAAAAGGACGGUGGCUGGAGGUGCAUGGGUAUUUUCCACAACAGCUGCGUCAUCUUGCAGAUCCGCAGUAAGAAGGCUGCGGGAAGUCAAGUAA